AGAGGUUUGACCAUUAUUCCCUGAUGUAAAGUAGGAAAAACAGAUAAGUGCAUAUUCACAGUCUAGCUUAAUAGUCAUUCUGGUGAUGGAGGUAUGCGUACAUUGCCUUAUUCCUUCUUUGAUAAUAGUUCCUAUAGUUUUCUCUAACAUGCUGGCAGAAGAAGACUGAUUCUGCAACACAGAUGGCAAUGACUGUCUUCAGAAUUUCACCUGAAUGUGGAAGCCUUCUCCAGUCUCUUGGAUGAGAUUUACCAGCUUCACUAACCAUCUUCCCGUACACUGUAAGAAGCAAGAUAAUAUUCCAGAAGAGAGAACAGGAGAGUUUGGUGGGCCAUGUGUCCCAGUCCCAGUGAAGGGUGAGAUGGGCUGUAUUGCUGGUGGGGAGCAAAGGAAGGAGGAAUGUUGAACAUAACAAUAGAGAAAGAAAAUUACACAAAUGUAUUUGGAAAGAAAUUUUCAACUAAAGAAAUGCAAAGCAAGUACAGUGUUUAGCCAAAAACUGGGGAGUAAACCUUAAGUUAUAUGUUAGUCUUGCUCAUUUUCAUUUUCUUUCUGUCAUCUUUUAAGCAGAGUUCUCAGAGUCAAGUAGGAUUUGGGAGACAGAAUGGAAAAUGUACCUGAAUUUUUGUAUAGUAUAAAUGAAUAUAUGAAUAACUAAUAACUCUAGAAAGUCAAGGCUUCAAAAUCCUACCCUUCCUGGGAGAUUAAAAAGGGGUUGGUAGAAAAUAAACAGAUUAAGCAGAUGAUUCAUCACUUUCCAACAGUUCCUGGAUCAUUUUCUUGACUCUUGGAGCUUCUGACUCUGGGAGCCCACCUGCUCUCUCCCUGUUUCCCUCUCCCUCUCCCUCUCUCCCUGUCCCCCAACCCUCUGUUGACUUUGCUCCCACCAUUGUGCUGCCAUCAGCCAGGAGGUGAUGCAGCCAGGAGGAGCCUCUUAAGAGCCAGUACAAUGCUAUUUGGGCUUUUGUCUUCUAAAACAUGAGCUAAAAAUAUCUCUUUUCUUUAUUUGUUUUUUAUUUUUAUGUGGUGCCAUGGUUUGAACCCAGUACCUCACGCAUGCUAGACAAAUGCUCUACCACUUUGCCACAAUCCCAGACUACCUCUCUUCUUUAUAAGCUACACAGCCUCAGUUAUUUCAUGAUAAUAAUGAAAAAACAAAAAAUACAGCAUUAAUUUUUAUCAGUUUAGCAAACCCAUGGCAUUUUCACUUGUUCCAGCAAAAACUCUAGACACUGUUUCUGACUUAACCAGGCUUAGAUCAUUUUCUCAUUUCUGAAUCCAUCAGCAGGGUUUGGACAAAAGCAACUGAGAAAUGGCUUAUCCUGUUUGAACCCUUGGACUGAGAGCAGGUAUGACUAGCUGAAAGAAAGAAGGUAGCCAGACAAGCAGUGUCCGGAUACUGAAUGGUGAAGCUGCCCUGAACCUGACACUAAUGCCCUUGAAUUGUGGGGGGAGAUAAAGCCUAGAAUUUGAUGGCACGCUUUGAUAUCUUCAUUCUUCCCCCUUAAAAACAAAGUCAUCGCAUCAUUUUAGGGAAAUAGGGUUGGCAGUUGUGAGGCAAUGAGUCCCUGAGGCAAGCUGGAGGAGAACAGUGGAGCUACACUGCCCACACCUGCCUGCCAAUCAUCAGGGUUACUUCCCAGAAUGGAGCAGUGGGUCAGCCUAGGGUUCCCUUUGAAAACUGGAGCCUAAUCAUGGGUCAGCCAUGCAGGUCAUUUAUUUGAGAAUGUGUCCCCAAUAUAUAGGACUGAAGAACGGGGAAGAGUGAAAUAGGAAAAUAGGGUGGGCAACUGGGAUUCCAUCCUACUGGAAACCCUCUAAGAAAUAUUGAAAAAAUAUCUGUUUAAAGCAGAAAAAAAAAUGGGAAAAUGUUUAUCCAUUGGCUCCUAUUUUAUGGCAAGGAAUGUUUCAUGGCAGCCACUGAGAAAAAUUGGCCCAGGAAGGGAAAGACACUGAUACAGCUGAGGCGAGGAGCUGUCAGGUUACUCCUGCAAGUGGCUGUUGCCACAGCAAUGCCUGGGGAGGGGAGUAGAAGAUGUGAACACCUGGAAUUUACUGUUUGUCAAUUCUGAAUGAAUGGUUCCAUGAUGAUUAUAGGGCAAAUGGAAUUUUACCACCAAAAAUUCAAUUUUUAAGGAUUCUCCGAUUUCUUUAAGGAUUGCAGCCUGGCAAAAUAUGUUCAACUUCAUUAACAAACAAGGGGAUGCAGACUGUAAUGACACUGAGAUUUUAUCUCACUCCAGUUAAAAUGGCAAAUUUCAAGAAUACAGGAAUAGACAAGAUAUUUGGACAGCAUGAUUAAUGAUGAAGUCAAAUUAUUUCAUCCCAUGAAACAUGAUGAAGUGUCCAAACUGUAGCCACAGAUAUUCUGGGUUUUCAGAUUUGAGGCACAAGUGCUGCGCAGCGGGUACCCACUCCCUAGAGUCCAAGAGCCUGCUACUCAGUGUUAUCAGAAAAGCUAACUCCUUGAGCCUGCUCCACCCAUCCCUCUACUCUGCGGCUUAAGAGUGGCCAACAGUCCGGUAUUGCAAAGAUCAAAGUUUAACCCCUUAUACGUGGGAUAUUAGAUCUCAGGGGAAUUUCAGAGGUCGCCAACAUUUCAGAGGGAAGAAGGAAGUUAGUCAGGAUCCAAAGAAGAGGUCGUGUUACAUUCAACUGUUGACGUUGAUCCCCAUUCCCACCAAAUGGAAAACGCAAACAAGAUAAUUGGGGAUUGAGGAUAUACAACAUGAGAAGCAAGUCGAAUAUUCUCUUCAAUCUGCGAUAUUGGCUCAAGUUUUGAACAAGAGAAUGAAUUUCAGGUGUAUAUACAAUAAGCAAAAUCAAAAAUUAGGGACAUACAGAGGAAAGGUAUAUAGUGAACUAAGCAAAACCUAAGACCCCCUUCACGCUCUUCCUUAAACCCCCACGUCUGAUAACUAGUAUCAUCCGCUUCCUCUAAAAACUUGGCACCCUCCUGCAGUGGAUCUCUCAGGCUCUCAGGAUCUCCCAGCUCUUGCCUCCCUCUUUGCCCUAUGCACUAAGGUCACUGGAUGCCCACAGUCCCCCUCGCAGGUGGUUUGGGAUACAAAGCGAACAGCCCAGAGACCCUGGGAGUUAGGCAGGAGGGCCAGGAGGGCGGCACCGGUGUGUCCCCCCUGCUCCAGCCAGGGGCAGGGCGGCGUCUUCUUUCCGCCCUCGGGGAAGCACCAGGAGCUCCGGGAAUUUCCCUGGCCAGGGGCUCUGGCCUUUCCCGCCAACCAUGCAUAAAAGGGGCUCGCGGAUCCCCGAGAGCCACAGAGCCAGGACAGCAGCCCCUCGCCACAAGCUCUUGCACUCCAGGCUCCGCCGCGAUCCUCCCGCUGAGUCCCAUGGCCCGCACCGCCUCCGCCGUCCCCCGCGCUUCUUGGCUCCUCCGGGUGGCUCUGCUCCUGCUGCUUCUGGUAGCCGCCUGCCGGCGCGCAGCAGGGGCGCCAGUGGUCUCUGAACUGCGCUGCCAGUGCUUGCAGACUGUGCAAGGAAUUCACCUCAAGAACAUCCAAAGUGUGAAGGUGACGUCCCCAGGACCCCACUGUGCCCAAACAGAAGUCAUAGCCACUCUCAAGAAUGGACAGGAAGCUUGUCUCAACCCUGAGGCCCCCUUGGUCAAGAAAAUCAUCCAUAAGAUGCUGAACACUUUUUUCAUUUCAGUGGCAAUUCCAGCUGACCAGGGGAAGGAGGAAGUUCCUUGGUGACUGUUCCUGACACAGGACCUGACUUCAUAUGAAAAAGAGAUGAAAAGAUAGCUCCCGAGGCCGCCUGGAGUGGCCUUAGUAUGCUUGAACAUGUCUUCUGAGAGCUCUUCUAUUUAUUUAUUUGUUUUCAAAGAUUCUAUUUUAAUAUUUUAUUUAUAAAAUAAUUAAGGGUAUGAUUAAAUCUACUUGCACAUGGUAUCAUUAUAUUUAUUGUUCAUUUUAUAUCAAAUCCAAAUUAGUUCAAUUCUGAUUCUUAUUUGUCAUCUGAGGGAUCCAAGCAAACAGAAAGGGAGAUCAUUGUCAGGGAAGGAGAAUGUGCAUACACAUCUAUUUUUGUAACUCUUUAAAAAAAUGUCAGUUGCUAUUUAUUGAAAUGGCUUUCCAGUGCAUAGUCAACAUUUCUCAUGGUGAAGCUUUAUGAACUACAGUGUUCUAAAUAUCCCUUGGACAUUUUAUGUCUUUCUUUUGUAAGGCAUAAUGCCUUUUUUUAUUGCUGGUUAUGUAAUAUGUUACUAUGUCUUAAAACAAAGAGGUUUAAAUAUUAAUGUUUUUACAAAGAAUGUGAAAAUAAAGUAUUUAAAAAUAAAGAAUGUUUAUUUUAUUUCCUGGAGGGGAAAAGGGAUAUCUUUACUAGAUAAUUUAAUGAUUUACAUCAGUGUUUCUCAACCUUAUCUUCCUGGGGAUUCAAUUUGCUGCGUAGACAAAUCGUGAGUCAUGCCUAAUUUCAUCUGGUGAUGGAUCUCACUUCUCUUGGCUCACAACUAAUUAAGAAUGUGCUUCUCCAAGCUGUAGGCUACUCUUGAUGUGAGAAUUAUUAAUGUAGCUGGAUGAUGGAUGGAUGGAUGGAGGAAGAGAUAUAGAUGGGUGUAGACACAGAUAUUCUUUAAUGAAGUUGACAGUGAAAUGGUGGUAGAGUUAAUUUUUUUUUCUUCAAAACUAUUUACAUGUGUCAUCAGUAGAAGCAGAAAAAGUGAAUGUCUGAGUACCUGUAAAAAAAGACUAAGCUGCAAUUCAGGUUCAAGUUUCUAACUCUCAUAAACAUAAGAAAUUACCACCAAAUUUAAUGUUUUUCUAAUUCUUUAUACUAAUUAUAUGAAACAUGGCUCUAAUAUUUGACUACAUCAGUU